AUGCCCUUCAGCAUCCCAUCCAACAUUUGGGACCCAUUCUUCCCUGUUGGUCCUCUAUUCCUUGUCGUUUCAUCAGUUGUUUACGACUCUGACUUUGACCGCAAGCGAGCUGAGGCAAGUGAUUGCGUUCUCGAAGUUCUCGCCAACGGUGUCGUUGUCGCCGUUGAACCAAUCAACUCUUCAUCACAGGGUAGUGUUGAGAUCUCGAGCAAUCCCUUCAGAGCUUCAUGGGAAGUCGAGUUUACUUACCGUCAGACCUGUGGUAGCAGUAGCAGGGUUGUUGGAGCUAUUGUUAACAAUGUUGUUGCCAAGCUUGCUCCCGAGGGUGCGACCGCGACUCCUAUUCCCUCAAUUCCCAUCAGGACUGAGCCUGUUACCGGUACCAACAGCGAGGGGGCUACUACCAAUAGUGAUGGCGAGACUGUUGUCCCUACCGGAACUAAUAGCGAGGGUGCUACCACUAACAGUGAAGGCGAGACUAUCUUCCUAACUGAGACGACUUCUGAGACUGUUGCUGGGACCAACAGUGAAGGCGCUACUACUAGUUCUUAUGGAGAAACUGCCAUCACUCCUGGAACUGCUACUGAAACUACUACCGGCACUGCCUCUUCUACUUCUUCUACAGCCACUUCCCGAGCUAGGUUCCCCGGCGAUAUUGGUGUCUUUAGUCUCUUUGGAUGCGUUGGAUCUACUGCUGGCUUUCCUAGCUUCACUCUCGCUCAGUCCAGCGAGUUUAUGGAUUUGGAAACCUGCGCUGAUCUCUGUACCGGACGUGCUUACUUUGGUGUCUAUGAUACUGCUUGUUAUUGCGGCGAUGUUAUCGAUGCUGCUGAUACCAGCAGAGUCACCCUUGACCUUUGCGAUAUUGAGUGUCCUGGAGAUGACACCCAGUUCUGUGGAGGCGAUGCUCCUAUCGCAAAGCUCCACCGUCGUCAAAAUGUCCCCAACAGUCGUCUUACCGUCAAGGCUGCUGCUAAGGCUGCUGUCACUAUUACUGACUCCGUCACACAAACCGUGACGGACCAAGAGACUGUCAUCACCACUUACACAACAACCGUCACUGGAGCUUCGUCCACUGUGACUCAAGCUGUCACCGCCACUCUGGUAUGCUUUGCCGGCAAAUACUAUUCUAGCAGCUCCAGCGAAGUUACUGUCUAUAUCUUUAUCGACAUCAAUGGCAGCGACUGUGAUAAUCAGUGGGUUUAUAUCUCUGAGCCAUGCUCCUGCGCUGGUGGUCAAAGAUAUGUUCCCAAGUUCUGCUCUAAGGGAAGCUGUUCUGGCAUUACAUUAUAUAAGCUCCAACAGUGUCAUGACUGGUUCAACUAUAGCAAUUUCUUUGUUGCAUCAGACUGUGAUACUUGCACACAGGGCAAUAUCAUGUAUCAGCCUUGGGAGGACUCUUGGGGCACGCCUGAUAACUGCAACGGCGAUGUUCCUGUUUGCAAGGGAUACGAGUGUCCAUCUCAGCACAACGGCGACGCCAACAAUGGUCCCAAGAAUGGUUUUAACCGCGGCUCUCAACCCAACUCCAACGGCGGUUUCAGCUCUGGUUCCAGCUCUGGUUCUGGCCAAAGCCCCAAUGGCUCCAAUGGUAGCAGUCCCAAGGACACAGAACCCAGCGUUGUCCCUGUUAUCAGCGGCGCUGGUAAGCAGGCCAUUGGUAUGCUUUCUCUUCUUGCUGCAAUUGCAGCCCUUUUCUAA